AGGCCCACAUGCACGGAGGAGUAUCCCCUUCACAAUGAGGAGCCCAAUGCGCGCCAUCCACUCGCUCGCCGCGCCACAGGGGCCGCCGCCGGCGAGGCCACCUGUCCGCCGCGGUACGGCGGCGGCCUCUCCCCUCCGGGGUUCCUCGCCGCCGCCGGCACCUGCGUCCCUGAGCCUCGCCUCCCGCCGCGCCGCGCUCCUCGCCCUCGUCCUGGCCGCGGCGCCGGCGCGCCCUGACGCCGCCGCCGCCUUCUCCCUCGGCAUCCCUGGGCCGAAGGAGCUGUUGCGGGAGCAGAAGAAGAAGUCGGCGUCCUUCCUCCUCGCGCCCAUCGCCGCCUCCCGCGACACGCUCCUCAAAGCUCAAGCGCUCCUUGCUUCCCCAAAUGCGUCUGCUGGGGACGCCGAGGAGGUGAGGGGGCGGAUCAGUGCGGCGGGGAGGGAUUGCGUGCCGCGGGAGAGGAACUCGAUCGUCUCUUUCCAGUCGAAGACUGGCGUUGAGGUCUGCACAUUCAGUUUGAUACUGAAGAAUGCCGCAUCGUUGCUGACCAAAAAGGAUCCUCUCAAGGUUGAAGCUGAUACUAGGCUUGUGGAGCUCAUACAGUCAUUCUCUGACCUGGGAACACUGGUGGAGAGCAGUAAUUUUGAGCUCAUCGGUGACAAAGAGAAGAUGAAGGAUGGCUUGCUGAGCACUAUCUCUGCCCUUGACAAGUUUGAACAGAGUGUUAAAGACUGUUUAGGUGUUUAGAACUGGUUUUUCCUGAGUCCCAUCAAUUUUCUCAAGGCUGUAAAAUGACUUAUUGUUUUCGUUUUCCUUAUAUUCUUGUGGUAUAUCAUAUAUGGCAAGGUUUCAUUUGCUUUUUGCUCAUCAGGGCCUUUUGUUGUAGAACACAUUGUGUAUUUGAUAUGUAUGUUACUUAUGGUAAUUGCCUGCACGAUUUCUACCUUA